GCUGAUUGGCGUAAAACUCAAAUCACAGGCGGGAGAGGAGCGAGCGAGCUGAUUAGCUAAACUCUCCUGAAUUUAAACUAAAAACAAGGGUUCUAAAAGUCGCUAUUUAAUCGGUAAUCUAUUCCUGAAUGAGUUGAGUAAAAAUUUCGACGGUAAACCGGUUUGUUGAGCUGGAAGAAGAGGCGGAAAAACGACGUUAAACGGCGACGGUAUAACCGAGGAGAGACGGGAAGUGAUUCAACAGUUUGAAGAUGAUCAUGAGGGGGCAGAAGCGUAAACUCCCGCCAGAGGAUGAGGAGGUUCCAGACAGGACCAGCCCCAACUGGGAGACCCAGCGGCAGUUUGUGUUCUCGGUUUCCCUGAGCAAGUAUCAACGCAGCCAGGAGCUAGUGGAGCCCAGCCUGAGGAGGUCCGUUCUGAUCGCCAACACUCUGCGGCAGGUCAGCCUGGGGGAUUGUGGGUCGCCUUCUGCAGAUGAGGAGGCGGAACAGUCUUCUUUUAGCUCCUCAUCUGCACUCCAAGUGACAGAGCUGGAGAGUAUAUCCACAGGAGACUCUGCAGAAGGCUCCCCGAUGGUUUCUUUAAAUUAUGCGCCAGAUUGUGCUGGAAGUUUGUCUCCAACGUGCCCCUCGAGUGAAUCAAACGUCCCCAUGAGCGUAGAGGAUGAAGACGAGGACUGGGGCUCCAUGUCCACAGAUUCUGAUCUCUCCCUCUCAGCUGCCAUUUCCUCCAUUCUCACUGCGCUGGACUCCACCAUUGACGGGAGCCCUCAGGCAGCUCCGCGGACACCUCUCAGGUCCCUGGAGAACUUGUCGGGGCCCUUUGAGGGAGGCGUCUCGUGGGUGAAACAGGGAAGCAGAGACUGUGGCGUGGGCUGGGAGCAGGAGGGGGAGGAGUGCCGGGUCGCUGAGAGCAGCAUGGAGGUGAUGAGGUCCAGCUACCUCAGCGAUCUCACUGUGGAGGAUCUGUUCCAGGACAUAGACACAUCCCUGCUGGAGAGGGACAUGGGGGUGCUGGGGCUGAGGAGUGGUGGAGGUGGAUACCCAGCUGGGGAUGAUCUCCUCCAGUACCUGCCUCCUUUCUCUCCCUCCCUGUCCUCCUCGCAUCCUUUCUCCCUCUCUCUAAACCCAAGCCUCAAGUGCCUGCCUUCGUUCUCCUCCUUCAGCCCGUUGUCUUCCUCUUCCUCGUCCGCUCUCUCUUUGCCAACGUCCUCUUCCUUUUCCGGUCAGAAUCUCAUGAGGGAGGGGUUUGAGCUGGAGAAUCUGAUGGAGAUCCUGGUGGAGUCCUGAUCGCCUCCAUCAUAAUGAACUCAAACGAGAUGCAAUCUGAACAAAUAAGUCGGCGAACGCGGGCAGAAUUCAUGAGGCAAAGUGUCGGAUUGUCGAAAAAAAUGACUGUCAGCGUCUGUUAUUUUUAUAUACCACUCAGAGAAAUAGUGCAUUAUGGGAUUUAGAAAGCUGAGAAGGCUCUAAAAAAGUGGAAAGGGUUGAUGUCAAAGACAGAACAGUCUCCACAAGGAGCAGCUUUUAGUGAAAAAUAAAGGGUUUUGGUUGAGUCACAGUGAAAACAGUGUGGGUGGUAAUCAGAUACUGCUGUGUCCUCUUGAUGACUCAGCAGUGAGUCAGCGGAUCACGAGCCAAUGAGCAGCGUUUUACUCCAGUUUUCAGCGUGACUCAGCUAAUUGGAACAAAGGGCGGGAGGGGAGAACACGGUUUAUUCAGCAAAUAAAAAGUUUACAGGCAAUUAUCAGGUGUGGAGAGAACAGCGUGGCUCUACAACUAAAUAUUAGGGGGUCUGAACGAAGGAAAAAAGAACCAGGAAGUCAUUUACUGGCUGGUUCUUCAUUGCACGUAUAAAAUGAAAGAUCUGAGAAAGUAAUUUAGCUGGAGGCAGAAUGUCUGAAACACUAAUAUUAAGGGUCAAAUCUUCUGUGAAGAGAUCCUUUAACUCCGUAUUUAUCGAUGAUUUCUAACAGGUCAGGUCAGAAUUUCAAGCAGAAAAGGUCAUGAAAAACAUUCUGUAUAUUUAUGAUAUCAGGUGGUUUGGCCAGAAGAAAAAUAUUUAUAAGAACCAAUAUUUUGUGCUUGGAAAAAAAAAUUCAAGUACUGUUUGAGUUUCACUGCCAAACGCCGUCUGAUCUAAAGGCUGAAAAGAGUGAAACUAGCCUGAAAUGUUUCCUCCGACAGGAAACGCAGUGACAGGUGGUUGUUCUGAACGGCUCCUUGCACAGUUUAGUCUUUUAACAGAUGCUUUUUAUACAAAGAGCCUUUACAGUACUGUGAUUGUACACAAAAAAAACAUCCUCAUGAGCUUGAAUGCUCAACUAGUCCAACCACUAUGCAGCAGCUUCUGUUGCACCGACUGAAUUUUUAUUGAUCUGUGGGUGUUUUGGCAUCGAGCUCUGAGCCACAUUGGCUGAUUGAAUCCGUACGAUGCCGCCCCUCCACACCCAGUGAGCCAUUCAUUCUUCAGCAGGUCAGUUAGGUUAGUUUUGUCCAGUUUACAUCUGAAUUAUUGCACUUUGUCAAUAAUUUGCAUCUAUAAAUCUCAGCCAUGCCAGAAUUUGGAUUGAGUGUUACCUUGUAUUUAUUAAAAAGUGACAUUACAGGUAUGAAAACACAAAGUGGAAUCCUAUUGUUCCGUUAUUGUUUUAAAAAAAAAUAAAUGUUUUAACUGUAACUUUGCCGGCUUUCGACCAGCAUUUAAACCAACACUGUUGAAACAGGAAGCAGAGAUGAACUGUUUAUGAAACCUUUUUUAGUCUGGUUUUUGUAUGUUUAUAUCCGGUUUGUGGAUUAAAGUUGCUUUUUUAUGCAAACGUCCUCUCUGAACAGCAGUUUCAAUCUAUUUAUGAAAGGCAUGUUUUGUCACCAAGAUGUGUAAUUUAAUGUCACACCAUACUGACAAAUCACUAACAGUAUAAUAGUAUACCGACAUGGCAGUAAUUUUAUUAACUUUUACUGGUUAUGUUUUACAACGCAGGGCAGAAUGCUCACAUACUAUGUAUUUAGACUUUUUUUUUUUUUUAAAGAAAGCAAAUGUUUACCUGUUCUGAUGUUUUUUUAAUAAACUGUAUUAAGAAAA